GGAGGUAUGUUGAUAUUAUCCAAUCCAAGAGAGGCUUUUUUACCCGCGUAGAAUCAAAGCCUUGCGACCUCCAAAGAUGACAAGAAUACAGGCAAUGAUUAUGAAAUUUUGGACAAACAUUGAAGACUUUGCUGGUUUGAAUACGUGACGCCCCGCCCAGAUGUGAUGCCUGCAUGCCUUCCUUACAGCCCAUUGUGUCGUUAUCAUUGGACAUGUCUGAAAAGAAAUCGCCUCCUCAAAAGCAGGAGAAGCCAUUGCUCAUAAGAACACCUCAAUCAGAAAGCAAACAACUGAAACGUAAAUUCCUCGUGUCUGACUCUCCCCCACAACUUGAUGAAGACGACCGCAAGUCUACGCCCAAACGGAAGAAGCCCCUUUUAAAUUCUGAGAUGUCCCCCACCCACUAUGGAUCCACACCGGUUACUAAGGCCCCCAGCAGUGGGAUUACCUCCCCUCGUACAGGGCCUCUGUCUGAAAGACAACAAAUGUUGUUCCUAAUGAAAAUGACGGAUGACUCUCAAGACUCAUCAUCUAAGCCUACUUCACCCCAGCCUUCAGUUCCUGCUAUAAAGAAGACUCCAGGGGACAAGAAAGUCCACAAGAGAAAUGAACGAGGGGAAACACCCCUUCAUUUAGCAGCCAUAAAAGGGGAUGUGAAACAGACAAAGAAAUUGAUCAAGGCUGGCGCUGAUGUCAAUGUAGCAGACUUUGCAGGCUGGACACCUCUUCAUGAAGCUUCAAACAGAGGUUGGGUGUCUAUAACUAAGCAACUGCUGAAAGCUGGAGCCAAUGUUAAUGUUCAGGGGCUGGAGAAUGACACCCCCCUUCAUGAUGCAUCAGGAAAUGGCCACACCGAGCUGGUGGAGCUUCUAUUGAAACAUGGAGCCAACCCUCUUCAGCCCAACAGCAAUGGUAAAACCCCUGUGGAUGUGGCAGCCUCUCCUGAUAUGGUGAAGCUCCUGAGGAAGGAGAUUGUGGCCUCCAGUAGUGACAGUUCCAGUCUAGAUGACGCCCGUUCUCCCACUUCGCCGGAGAGUAACUCCUCUUGCAAAGAUGAUGACAUGGAUAUCUUUGUACCGAGGAAUCCUAAAUCGGACCCCAACACCAACAAUUCAACUUCAGGACCAAGUAGUCGCAAAAGCAUUUUCAUCAAGUUCCAGCGUGAGCAGAACGAUGAACAAAGUGAUAAAUCUCCCGACUUUUACAGUUGUCGGGUGGAGACUAGUGAAAACAAGGAUGUACAGUCCUCAUGUGAUAGCCCAGCGUCCAGUGGGAGUGAUCUAUAUGACCCCCAACUACAAAGUGACAGGUUCAAAUCUAAGAAAGGAAGCACGGAGGACACCAGUGCCACCGGCACAGAAUCACCGGCAUCAAAGGUUAAGUUGCCGUUUUCGUCAUCAUCAGAUAUAGGUGGUUUUGAACUGGGAGGAUUUAACAGGUUAAAUAAUCUGGAACCUGAUAGUCAAAAUGUGGAUCAUACAUCACAAAAAUACAAGUUAAAAGUGUCAGAGACACAGCCAUUUUUCCCUCAUAGUGAUGGUUUUAGUGACAGUGAAUCAAGAGAUUCGUUUAAAAUGGAUAGUGAUAGUGACAGGACUUGCAUUCCCUCCAUUGACUCAAGUCAUUCUCGGUUGAAAGAGUCAGCGUUGGAUGUUCAACGUAACAGUGUUAGUUCAGUGCUGGACUCUUGUACCUCCACUACACAGGGUAAAUCCAUGUCUGGUGGCGAAAACAACAGUGUAUCAAGUAGUUCAAAUAAUGAACAAAGCUUUCUGCAAAAUAGCUCAAAUAUUCUUCGAAGAAAUAGUAUUAGCAAUUCAAACAAUUAUGUGACAAACAGUGCCAACAAUGCGAAUUCAAAUGACCAGCCAAAUUCUAGUGUUAGUUCUAGUGGACUUAAAUGGGACCUUCGAUCUACAGCUUCACCCAAAAGUGAGGAAGGCAGCAAUCAUUCUGGAAGGUCAGAAUCAAAUCGAACUAACUCUCCUUUACGAGUGGAAGGUAAAGACUUCAAGUCCUCACCCAAAGUGGACCGAGACAACAAGCCUUGUUCACCCAAGGUGCCCCCAUUAAAAAUCAUUAUCCCUCCUAAAACAUCAACAGCAUCUAAUCAGGACCCAGAGUCUGCAAAAAUUCACACAUCCAAGAAAUCUCUCCCAUAUGUGCUAAAUCCCACUCAGGAACAACAAGCAGGGGGAUUACUACCUCAGACAAGCACAGCCGGCAUGUUGAUUCCGCAGGAAAUUCAGUCGGUACCAAGCCCCGCCUCCUCAAGGCCAUCAUCCAGUGGGAGUGCUGCCAUGUCUAAGGACUGUGAAAAGUAUUCUGGUAAAGACUCUAAAGAGAGGGACAACAGAGAGGUGGCCUCUGAUGCUCAAGUCAAUGCAGAGAGUGAUCAAAAGUCGGAGGAAAUUUCUUCAUCAAAGGACAGUAAUGAGAGAGACAGCAGUUCAAAGGUCAAGGACAGAGAGAGAGAGGGAAAAGAGAAAGGACAGGAGGACGAGAAGGAAAGGGAAAGUCAACAGACACGGCGGACUCUACGAUCACACACACAGGCGCUGCAGCAGGAGAAACAGAAACAGGGCAGACCACCUCCCAAAGAGAAGGAGUCGGGAAGUAAAGACUCUUCUGAUAAGGAUGAGACUGGAAGCACCACCAAAAACAAAGUGGAAGAUGAAGAAGUCCAUAUGUUGCCACGGAAACGGAAGGGUCUACGUCCAAAGACAGACGUUGCUGCCCCCCAGUCUUCUACAGAGCCCACAAUUUCUCUCCCCACUGUGUCCUAUGAAAAGCCACCUAAUCCAUUUGAGUUGUAUUUGUCGAUCAGAAAACAGGUGCUUCGGCAGCAGAACAGUUUGGUUGUUGUCCAUCCUAAGGCUCCUCAAGGCUUCAAGGACUACUUAAUGGUCAGAUGUGGCUAUGUCUUGGAAGGGAAGAAGGCCAGCACUCUGUCUGUACCGAUGUUAUCACCUCCCAACUCGGUGCAAGGAGAAAUCAGAGAAUUGUUUAUCAAUCAAGAAAAGGUCCGCUACAAGCUCAGACUACAGCAUCUAACGGAAAGGGAAAAACUGAUCUUGUCACUGGAACAAGAGAGAAUCCGUGAGCAUGGACGAGCUGCACGUGCCAUGGCCAAUCAGAAUCUGCCGUUGAGUGUUUGUACGAUACUGAGGAAUGAGGAGAUCUAUCAUGCCAUGGAUUCAGAGCAGGAGGAGAAAGAGAAAAGCGGGAGGGCGAGGUACAAUGGUCGACAGUUUUUGUCCUGGUUGAAAGAUUUAGAUGACAAGUUUGAAAAACUCAAGGAGGACCUGAUGUGUCGGCACCACAUGGAGGCGGAUUCUCUGUACGCCAUCCAGAAGCUGGACUGGGAGUGGAAGAUGAAGGAGCUGGGUCUGUGUGACCAUAAUGCCACACCCGAGGUAGACGAAGUGAACGUACCCAUGGUGCAGGUCCACGAAUUUGACCUGACCUAGCAGAGAGUUCAUGUUUGUUUGGAUAUUGUCCCCAAGUGUUAAAGUGAAGGCAAUGGAUACAGACAGAGAGAGAGAGAGAGCACCACUGUAGUGCUGUCCUCAUAUUCAGAAAAGCGAAAGUACGAGAUGAAGGUGAGAGUGACUGAUGUACGAUUUGUGUGUGCAAUACACAGCGCAGACCAGAGUAUUCAUGUAGUGCUUUAUUUCUGGCCAAAAUAUGGAAGGAACAAACGACAUGUUCCCUUGCUGUGCAGACAUGGAGGUCUGUCAGCGAGUGGAAGUGAUGUCCACAAGGCAUGAUAUCAUAUUAUCACAUAAAAGUAGACCAACGGAGUUGACAAGGUGAGACCUCGCAUUAUCACAUAGACUUAGAUCACUGGGGUCUGUCAGGCGAGAUAUCACAUUCUCACACAGAUGUAAAUCAUCAGGGUCCACAAGGCGAGACAUUGCAUUAUCACAUAGAUGUAGAUCACCAAUGCCAGCUUUUCAGUCUCCCCCAAUUUGUGUUGUGAUGCAGGAUUUUUUGUACUCACAAACCAAAACAAAAAACAAAAACAAAUUGAAAUGUAGUCGACUUUAGUUAAAUCUGCAGUUUGGAAAAAUUCAGUGACGAAAAAAUGAUAAUGAAAAAUCCUCUCAGCCAUUUGCAUAUCUCCUGUUUGCUUGAUUGUCUUUAAGAUAAAGUUGAACAUUUGAGUCUGCAUUCACGUUACGGCUUUUUUUUCGACCAGCGUACUCAUAAGACUUAAAAUGAAAGUGACUGUUAUAAUCAUUUUCUUUUUAAAAAUUUUAACUAUCUGAACUUCAAAGUCACCUUUAAACUUCAUAGAACAUGCUAUAUUUAUCAGGCAUAUUUAUACAAAUUUUUUAAGCAUAUUUUUAGCUAAAUGUAGAAAUUCUUUGCAUCCCUUUAACAUGGGACAACUCUCAGCUGCUGGCUACUUAGUAGAUUUAGUUUGAAUUCAACAGCUUUACAUCGUUAUAGAAGUUGGUUGUACAAUGUACUGAAAUCAUGUUUUUAAAUCAUAAAAAAGUAGUAUUUAUAUUUUAUAGUUAUUCCCAAACAAGUCAAAAUCAUUUUAAGUUUCAUAGUUACUUUUAUACAUGUUUUCAGAGAGUAAAAAUUUAAGUUAUAAAAAUUUUACUGAAAUUUCAGAAUCUCAUUGUGUUUGUUAUUUGGUUAAACUUUUGUCUAUUUAUUUUUCCCUAGUCUAGAAUCCAAACACAAUGGCAAUAUUCUUGUUCUGUACAUUGUUUUUAACCAAGCACCUGUCGUAUGUUUUUAUGUAUAUUACAUGUGUGAAUGCCGUGACUGCGCGACAUUUUUUAACUGGAUUUUCACCAGUAACUCCUGUUCAUUGGUAUUUUAUGUUGUAUGGCAAUAUGUCAGAUAAAACAUGUACUAAUAUUUUUUUUUAACAUUGAGAUAUUUAAUGUUCAGAUUAUUUUUGUCACAUGUGGAAAAUGCCAUGGAAGAAGCUAUUCCGUGCAUUCUAAAUAAAAUGUACAGAAACUCAA